AUGCUCUCAGAGAAUCCUGAAUUCAGAUGGUCAGCAAACAGUCUAGUAAAACAUAAAUUUUUCGUUUCUGAUGAUUAGAUAGAGAGUGAGGUAAACUUCUAUAAACUCAAUAAUAUGUCCAUGUAUGAUAAGCAUAAGAUAUUAGUUUGA